GGAAUAAGUCCAGCACUAAAUUAUUCUUUUUCAAUUGAGAAAGGUGUGUUACAUAAAAUGGAAAGACAAUGUAUUAACAUGUAAUAUGUAACCUAAAUAUUUAAUUUAAAAAAUAAUUUAUGGUAAAAAAAAAUUACUUUAGUCUGGUUGAAAUAAGUUAAAAUUAUUCAAUUAAUACGAAUAACAAUAUAAAUGAAAAAUACCAUAUUUAACAAGAAAAACGAUUACAUGUUUUUUUUUUCCACAGAUCAAAUCGACAAUGUGUCCAAUGUUGUAAAAGUCAUUGUUGCUGCUAACGUUUCUGUUUUUGUUUUAUGGAUCAUUUACGUGAUGUGUUCUUGGAAAGGGAAAGGUAUCAUUCAUUUUAACAUUAAUUCUUAAAUCAAUUUUUUUCAUAUUAUAACACCAAUUGAAUUGAAAUGGAUUUUAUGUUAUAACAAUUUUGGAAUAUAUUCCUUGUGACAAAGCCUCAGCUUCCUUAUGAUGUCACUUUAGAAAGUUAAUGAGCUAAAAAGCACGUACUUUGUCAUUUUUACUAAUUAAAUAAAAAUUGAAUUUAUUGAUCUAGAUUUUGUUAUAACGUAAUUAUAUUAUUUAUUUACUUUUUUAACUUUUUUUUUCAACUUCAACUGUCAUUAUAAAUUAUAAUUAAUUUACGCUGAAAUCGAAAUUCGCAUUGUCAUGUAUUUAUUUAUUUAUUUAUUUCAAAUAGCGUUGAAAUUUACACCCAAUCACCGGAGAGAUGCAUCACAUCUUGAAAUCGCGUUAAGUCAUCGAGCAGUUACCAACGUUGAAGUGAUAGAAGAUUGUCAGCAAACGAAUAUUAGAAGAGAACAUAAUUUGAAAGAAAAUUGCCUCUAUGAAGAAAUUGACCAGCAUCAAGUUGAUGGCACAUAUAACUAUAACACUUUUGCUGAACAAUCAACAGAGAUAGGCAAUCAUUACAUCACGUUAAUCGAAGAAGACGAAGCUGAAUGUCAUGUGGAGAAAUCGACAAAAGAUAAUAUCUACAAUACUGUCAUAAAAAACCCGUUAUCUGAAUCAAACACGUACAUUACUCCAGUAGAUGAACCCAAUUUACGGGGAAAUAGCGGGAACAACGUCAUUGAUAGUCUGCCCAUAGACAAUGACGAUUUUAUUUUACCUUUGAACAAUUCUCCAAUAAAAGUCUUAUAUUACAUUAACCCCAUUGAAAUAGCGGCAGCUGAAAACACUGAAUAUAUUACUCCUUUAGACGAGCUCUCUUCAAACCCGAAGUACUACAUUAAAGAAACUGGAGAAUCGUCAGCUUGA